CCCUUCGAUAUGAUGGAGGUUCCAGGUUCGAACUCUGCCUGAGAUAAUAUUUUUCGCAAUAAAUUCUUUACAGUUGUUAAGAUGCUUAACAUCGAAGUUAAAUUGAAUUAUAUGUGUGUGUGUGUGUGUGUGUGUGUGUGUGUGUGUGUGUGCGCGCGUGUGCGUGCGUGUGCGCGCGCGCGUGUGUGUGAUGUGUACACACAAAUAAUAUUAGGCUAAAAAUUUAAGCUUGGACCGUAAAUGACAUUUUAUUUUAAUUUGAUCAAUUUAAUUUAUUUUGGCUUAUUCUACAAUCUUUCGUAAAAACUAAAAACAUUCUAUUAUUUUCGACCGUUUUGAUAUGACCAUAUCUACCUACUUUGCCCGUUGAAUCAUUUGGACAGAUGACAAAUGACCGAAACAACAGGCCCACUUCCAUAUUACACAUCUUAUACAAUAAUACCAAACAUCUCAAAUUCUGCAAUGUUAUGUUAUGGAUCCGGUUAUAUUAUGAAUUCCUCUACACAAUGGCAGAGAUCAACGGAUCAUAUUAUGACUCCCUUCGUACAAAGUCAGGAACCACCUCAUCCCCUACAGCACGAAAUAUUGCAGCAACUUGCAGCAACAUUGCAGCAAUAUUUUAAUGUUGCUGCAAUGUUGCUGCAAGUUGCUGCAAUAUUUCGUGCUGUAGAGGAUUACUGGCCCGUUCAAUUGUCUGAACAAAUGACAGAAGGUCCAAUUUUGUACACAUAUUAUACAAGACCAACCUUUCCAAAUUCAACGGGUUAUGUUACGGAUCCCUCUGCGCAAUUAAUAUCAACGGGUUAUAUGUAUGGAUCCCUGCGCGCAAAAUCAAGAACGACCUGGAUACCCUGUUUAAUCAUUUGAACAAAUGACAGGAGGAACAGGCCCAUUUUUUAAUCACACAUAUUAUACAAUGUAAUAAUAUUCUAUAAGUUAAAUAUUUACUUUCCUGCACAUAUAUAACUUAAAACUGUGAUAUUUUAAAUAAAUACACUUUCUUUUCUA